UAAGUCCCGCGGUACAUUAUUGGUUCACCACGAGAGCGGCAAUGGACGGCAAUCUAAGGGUCACAGUAGAAGCACAUCGAGUGGAUAUGCGGUGAUGAUCAGUGAUUUUGAAUGGUGCUUAGGAAACAACUUGGCUUCAGGAUAACUUUACAUUAUGGAGAUCACAGAGGCAGAGAUUGACGAGUAUGAAAGUUUACCCCCAACCAGUUCCAUGACCACGCACAUGGCUGCUGGGGCGCUGGCAGGGAUUAUGGAGCACUGUGUUAUGUAUCCGGUUGACUCUGUGAAGACACGUAUGAUGUGUUUACGGCCAAAUCCAAAUGCAAAUUAUAGAAAUUUGAUGGAUGCAUACUAUACCAUUGUGCGUUAUGAGGGGCUUCGUACUACGUGUCGUGGUGUGAGUGCAGUGAUUGGUGGAGCAGGGCCUGCUCAUGCAAUGUACUUUGCCUGUUAUGAAAAACUCAAGUGGACAAUUGGUGGCACAAGACAAGGAAAUCCUCUUGCUAAUGCUGUAGCCGGGUGUGCAGCUACACUGCUGCAUGAUGCUGUCAUGAAUCCUGCAGAUGUUAUCAAGCAAAGGAUGCAGAUAUUUGACAGUCCUUACAAAUCCUGCACAGAUUGUGCAAGGACUAUAUUAAGAACUGAAGGCAUAAAAGCUUUCUACCGCAGCUACACCACACAAUUAUCCAUGAACAUACCCUUCCAAAGUAUUCACUUUGUUUCAUAUGAACUAAUGCAGGAUGUAAUGAACCAAAAAAGGGAGUAUAACCCCAUGAGCCAUUUACUGUCAGGUGGUGUUGCUGGUGCUGUGGCUGCUGCUGUUACGACCCCACUCGAUGUAGUGAAAACCCUGCUCAAUACCCAAGAGAAAUGUGCAGUAGAAUGUAUGAACAGGCGUGAGGUAUCUGGACUUUUCGCAGGUUUUGCAACUGUAUAUAAGUGUUGUGGAUUUGGAGGAUAUUUCAGGGGACUCCAAGCACGUGUAAUUUAUCAGAUUCCUUCUACUGCUCUCUCAUGGUCUGUAUACGAGUUCUUUAAAUAUUUCAUUACAAAACAGAGAGCCGAGGAAGAUGAUGGAUUUACAGUUGUCUCAGCAGCAGCAGCAAAGAUAGAUUAGAUCAUACCAGUUCUCAAAGAUUGAUAACUCUCAGAAGUGUUUUUAUUUAACCCUUUGUAUCUGGAGAUCUCACGAGACUAGUCAAAACACAGCACUGCAUAGGACAGCAUUUAAGACUGGUCAAUAGCUGAGAAUAUGGAUACUUUUUGUGUUAAGUCAGUUAUCCUAUAAUGGAGCCUUAUCAUAUUUUCAUCUCAUUUACUCCCAGAAAAUUGGAAUACUUUGUAUUCAGUAUAAUUUUUAAUCUAGAAUAUGAAGCUUUCUCAGCUAGCCUGUUGUGGAUUGAUGAUUGUGUUUUAUAAGUUAUUGGAUCUGGGAUUGAUGUGGCAGUACAACUGGUGAGAGCCUUAUGUUUGAGAUUCUACAUUUUUGGUUACUACACAUGAUCAUAGUCAUUUAUGGGAUAGUUUUGUUUUGGAUGCAUGCAGUUCACUUGUGGCAUUUUUUUUCUGGUCCAGAGGCAUUUAUAAAUAUUGGGAGUUUAAAAGUUGGGGCUCAAACUCUUGUCAACAUUAUCAUUAAUAUCACCAAACAAUUUUAUGAUUGGUAUGUGUACCAUGACUUUUUAUCACUAAGUAGCAUAACUUCAGUGGGUAGACAGUUCUAAUCAGCACUGCCUGUUCUUUAACCAAGCUUUCCACAUCGUAACACAGUUGCUACACGUUAUGGUCUUUUCAUUGUCAUACUAAUAAAUUGAAGAGUGCUGCAAGUUAAGGUUAACUUUGGCUCUGUUGUGUCCAUAUCAGAGAGGGGUCACAAAAACUGAAAUAUACGCACAAUUACGAUAAUCAGGGUAGAUGACAAAUAUUUAACCCCAAAAAACUUGAUAUGAAACUUCAGAUACAGACACUGUGUAUCUUUUUUGACUUGUAAGGAGAGAAAUGUUUUAACAUAUAUUCACUUAGUAAGAAUAAUAAUAAUAAUGCCAUACAAAAAACUGUGAUAUGUGAAACAGAAUUGCAGUAUUUACUUUUACUGAUGAUUGUAACAAGGUUACACAGGUGCUUUCUUAAUUGCCCUUUUUAUGUACAG